UUGGGACAGUGGAGCUUCAGUGCCUGAAGUCAACGUUCCAUUUCCUGAGGAGACGUAGUGGGUAGGGAGCAGCCGCGGGCGAUCGAUUGAUGACAUCUGUAGACGAUGGGCGGAGGAAGACGGCAUGCGUCACCGGAGGUAGCGGCUACAUCGCUUCAGCGCUCAUCAAGACGCUGCUCGAGAAGGGCUACGUCGUCAAAACGACAGUCAGAGAUCUCGUUUUUGUUACUGAUCUAGAUGACGUGGAGAAGAACUCUCACCUGAAGGACUUGCAAGCGCUUGGCCCCUUGGAGAUCAUCCAAGCGGAGCUGAACGUCCAAGGGAGCUUCGACGACGCGGUUUCUGGAUGCGACUACGCCUUCCUCGUUGCCGCCCCGAUGGACAUCGGGUCGCCAGAUCCUGAGAGAAACCUGAUCCAGGCCGGCGUCGAAGGGACCCUGAACGUGAUGAGGUCAUGUGCAAAAUCGGGGACGGUGAAGCGCGUGAUCCUAACGUCCUCGGAUGCUGCUGCCGUGUUCCGGAAGCCACUGGAAGACGAUGGGCACAACGUGGUGGACGAGAGCUCCUGGUCCGAUGUGCAGUACCUGCGAGCCGAGAAGCCAGCGACAUGGGACUACGCGGUGUCGAAGGUGCUUCUGGAAGAGGCGGCGAGCAAGUUCGCUGAGGAGAGCGGCAUCAGCCUAGUGACCGUGCUGCCCGCGUUCACCCUGGGCGCAGCGCCGGUCUCGCAGGCCAAAACCAGCGUCCCCGCUAUCCUCUCCUUGUUGUCUGGCGACGAGGCACAGCUGGAUAUCCUGAAAGGCCUGCAGUCGGUCACGGACUCUGUGGCGAUAAUCCACGUGGACGACCUCUGCCGCGCCGAGGUGUUCCUCGCCGAGAACGAGCCAUCAUCGGGGAGGUACAUCUGCUGCAGCCACAACACCACCAUCCCCCAGCUCGCCCGUCUCCUGGUGGAGAAGUACCCACAAUACAUCGUGAAACCUGAACGUUUUGAUGGGUACCCUGAGAAGCCAAGAGUGAGUGUUUCUUCCGAGAAGCUCAUCAGUGAAGGGUUCAAGUACAAGUACGAUGACCUGGGUGAAAUCUUUGACGAUGUCGUCGAGUACGGUAGGACCACAGGGAUUCUUCCCUACUGAUAUAUAUGCUCAUGUCCUGCCGAUCAUAUGUGCUUUCUAGACGAGUGAGUGUAUCUAGACAUGUUUUUUUUUGUAGAUACAUCCAUUUGAGAGUAAAAUAUUUUGGAAUGGAGGGAAUAAUAAGCAAUAAAACCCACACACUUGUACGUGUGUCAUUAGGGUGACUUA